AUGAUGACCGCCCGGAAUUUUGAUCGCGUUCCGCCUUUCUGGAACAAACAGAGCUCAAAGCUGCCCUUCCAACCUCCUCCACCCCGCGCCGCCAUGGCAGAGCUUCUCGACAACCUGGCAAGCCUUCGGGGCUUGUAUCAGGAUCUUUCUGCUAUUACCGACACAUCCUUUUCGAAUGUCGAGAGACUGUGCAUUGAAUUGAAUACGCAUAUUCAUGACUUCCGAAAACUCCUGGACAAACCCGCGAAGAACACUACAAGUCGCGAGUCCGUUCUCUCGGGGAAAAUUAAAGUUGCAGAUGUCGAAUACUCGAUCAAUCAGGACUUCCAACAAGGCACACUCCAGCUCGCCGAUGCUUUGAACAUCGACGAGCUUGAGGCAGCCGUAUUAUUCCUGGCUGCUCAGGAAGACUCACAUGUAUUGGACCGACCUCCCUUGAUCACUGCGAUCAUGCGGUUCCACGAGCGCCGCCAUUUCCUCCUCGAGUGUCUACGCCUCAUUUGCCGCGAAUCCUUGGACUCGGAGCGAGAAGCAACUCAGCCUAUCAUGCAAGAAACUCUAGCCCACAUCCUAGAGAUCAAAAACUCCUCUCUCCAGAACGCAUCAUUAUUUGCAAGGAAAGGCUUGAAAUCCAUGGAUGAAAUUGAAAAAUGGCUAUCACUUCUCAGCGAUCAAGUCCAAAAGGCUUCAAUUGUUGGCCAGGAAAACGAUCGAGACAUCAUGGAAGCGAUUGAAUACCAGCGGCAAAGCCUCCAGCAGCAGCAUGAGUCUCUUGGUGCCAUCCUGUUCUAUCUUUUCAAGGGUACAUUUACAGCCUCCGAGGAUUUCCGAGUCCUCAUCGGUCAACUUAAGAGGCUUGAUCGUUUUGAUGGGCUCCUGAUUCAUUACAUUCCCGUCACCAUUGCGGCGUUCGUACAACAUGGAUCCCCAGAGGGUGCGGGCGUAUCACCCAAAGAAGCCCGAGAGCUACAUGGAAUCGUCACCACGGCCAAAGAUGGUAACUUGUGGAAGUUGCCAGGCUUCCAUGCUGCUAUCAAUGCUCUGUGGCUAGCAAUAUACAGUGGAUGGUAUUUCGAUGAUGGCGCGUCCGAGCAAACCCCCGGGGUUGAUCCUGAAAAAGAAGCGGAAGAGCGCACCAAAUUAUUCAUGGCUGCUCUUGAUGACGGUGCCCUCGAUUUUAUGCUCGCGGUAUGUUCCAGUGUCAACAGUGAAGAAUGGGCCGAUCCCGCGCGGACUGAGCUCGUGAAUUUACUCCUGAGGGAAAGCUCCAUAACAUUGCCAGACUCCGUCACUUGUUCCAGCUACAUGAAGGAGCUUUUGAUGGAAAAUUUCGAGGUUUUUGUUGAAUCCUGCAUUGCAAACAUGCCAGAUGCAGUUCGUAUGCUUAAGUCAGAAGAAGAUACGCAACGACUGGAGCAGAUUACUGCAUUGCGAGACGGACUAACUUCAAGCGUCCAUCGCGGUCUGGUCGAGGCACGCACACAUCUUGAGUCUCUUCUAAUGGUGAUAUCAUUUGCAUUUGAGCACCGACAGGAUGCCGCACAGGAAUUCUGGGGCGAUGUUGAGGGCAAUCUUUACGGUUUUCUCCAGUGGGCAUCCAAACGACAGACCGUUCCUAGAGUGAGCGCCUUCUGUGAAAUGAUUUGCUCCAUCUCUGAGGGCGAGGAAAACGCUGCUGCUGCCCACAGGUUCCUGACAGAAGAAGAAAAAUUCAUGUCUUCCAAGUUGAAGCGAUCAACCACCAUGAACUGGACGCAGAUGUUCGCAGAAUUACAUCUCUAUUCAACCCGGGUUACUGAAAAGCCUUCCGGCAACCAAAACACUUCGCAAGGCGUUAUGCGUGGUCGAAAGCCUGAUCAUGUGGACAUGAGCGAGCCAGAGAGCCCUGUCAUGCUCACCUGCUACCUCCGGCUCAUGGGACAUUUAUGCAAACAGAGUGGGUCCAUCCGAGAGUGGAUGCUGCAAAACGAAUCAUUCAAGGUGAUUGAGACCCUUUUGAAGCUGUGCAGCGGUCCAAUUCCAAGUCACCUUAGAGCAACUACCUUCACUACCCUCUCAGCAUUGAUGACAGACAGGACUUCUGCCUACGGUAAUGAAAUGUGGCUUGAAGUAGAUCACUGGUUGUCUGGUGGUUCGAUGGUUGCUUCCGGCAAAGUUCCAGCCGGUCCAACAACGACUCGUUCUGUGUGGCAUGAACAACAGUCCUUGCAGAAGAUUGGCGAAAGUUUUGACCAAACUAAUGCAUUCGUUGUCUUGAUGAACGCACUUACCACACCCGUGUGUGAAAUGGGUGAUAACCCCUUGUCACUUGCGUUUCCGGAGUCUUUGGGAUCCUCAUAUCGAAUGCCUGGAAUUGAACCUUAUGUCGACUUCAUUCUUGGGCAUGCUUUGUCUCGCAAGAUCCAGGAUCUCAAUGAAUCACAGUCUCGUUUCCUAACUUACAAUUGUUUGGAAUUUGUUGUGACGAGUUUGCGAACCUUCAAAGAAGAUCUCGUCACAGUUCUUAGCCAGCCAACACUCUCAUCUGAUUCCGCUGCCACAGCGUCCACACUUGUCGCCUACGUUCGACUUCAUUCAUUCGCACGUGUAAUGGAAUGGCUGUUCAAUGAAGAUGUCUUGAAGGCUUUGUUUGCAGCUAGCCAACAGGAUAUCUCGGAAGUGGCUCAGGCAUCCUCUGAUUCGGUAUUGGUAUUGACUUUGCUACGCAGUGUUGAAGUUAUGAAUUUGAUCAUGGAUCUUCAGUCGACUUAUUUCAACAUCGUCAGGCCCUUGAUCAAAUCUCAAGCCUCAGGAAAUCGAAGCUAUGUGGCGAACUCGUCUCUUGCCUCAUUUGAGGAUAGCGUGCUCAACAAUCUUAGUUUGAUACCUGCACUCUGCCUCUAUUGUGGCACUGGCCACGAACAACUGACCGUCACUUCUAUGACGUUGUUGGAAAAACUCACAAGUUCCCGCAAGCUUAAUAAGAUGUCCUCUCCUGAACUCACAAAGUGGCAAUCCUCAAACAAGAUCGUAGAGGUUCUUGCCAGUGAGGUGGAUGUUGAUAGUGUCGCCCGCUCACUGGUAUCUCAAAUGGAUCCUGACCCAAGAGAACUGGAAUAUGGCUCUCAAGCGGCAGGCUACGUCAUUCGGGAAAGCCUUCUGGCUCUCUUAAACAGCUGCCUGGGAAUGAUUACAGACCGUCCUACUGUGGCUCAUCUUCUACUCGGCUUUAGCUGCGUGGGCAAUAUCCUGGAUGUACCUUCAGGGGGUUUGCUCGCCAAUCAGAUGUCUUUGAUGCACGCCAUUAUUGGUUUUCUGCAGACUUAUCCCGAAGAAUUAGAAGGAAGUAUCACAUCAUGGACAGUGCAUCUUAAGCGGAUGUCUUUCGAAGUUCUCAAGCACCUCUGGUCGUCAAAGCUUGCAACAUACUUCACUCUCGGCGAGAUGCGAGCUCAGGGAUUCCUGAUGAGCAUGUUCGCAGGCCAACCCAUCGUCGGACCCAAUACCCUUUGGAAUGGCUACCCAGUCGUGGCAGACGAAUUCUGGCUCACCAAUGCCACUUCGGCCCUGGCUGAGUUCCUGCUCUUCCGAAGUCAUCUAUUCGCCUAUGCUGCCACAGAAAUCCGUUCCGCAGCCAAGGUUGGGUCACCAACCCUACAGACCGGAAUUUUAUCUACUUUACUUGGGAGCUCUACCUUGGACAAUGGCGAAUCCAUUUCCCACGCGUCCGUGUUCGACCUCUUUGACUUUGCUGACUUGGAUGUUGCGCGCGAGUUCAACGUACCUCAGCUGGCCCUGCUGAGACAAAUCGCUGUUGAUGUUUGUGCCAAGCAAGAGGACGACUCAUUGGUUCUUUAUAAUGUCGCUGAAAUCGAAGAAUUGAUCCAAAUUCAAAAGUCGAAGUUAAUGGCCGCGACGCCCCGCCCUCAGGAUGAAGAGCAAUUCCAAACCGAAGCAGAAAGUUUGAAACUUUUCAUUCUCGCAACGAACCAAAGCCGCCAAAUUCAAUAUAAUCGCUACCUUGCACUUCGCUCAUGGGCAGAGUUGAUUACUACGAUAAUCACUUGCUCUGUUCUUGACGAUGCUACCAGACCAACUUUCAUAUUACAUGCUAUUCAAAUGAUCCUUCCGAAAAUUGAAAUUGCAAUUGAGGGUGACUCGCCAGAGGCUAUUGAAUUUGCACGAUUGGCUGAAACGUUGAUUGGCAAACUUGCAUCAGAUAUUUCUUCUAGUCCUGCUUCACGAAGCGGCGAUAUCAUUGAUGAGAAGCUUCAUCAACUUUUCCAGGUUUCUACUCGGGGAAUUUUGUUGGCCUCUGGAAAUGUCGCUCUGCGAGAAGUUCUCUAUGGCAUCUGCUCUCAGUACAUCACCCGUAUCACUUCCUCCUCAGAUUUAACUCACGACAGCCUGAAACGUCAUAGUCAACAAGUGGUUCGAGCCGCUGGUCCUGGUCUGGUAGAGAUCAUUUGCGAUGAUGCUUAUUCUGGCCAGGAGGCAUCUCGUGCCUCGGCUCUUCUGGUGUUGAAUUGUCUAGCCGUUCUGGAUAGUCAAACAGACUGUGUCCUAGCCGAGAUGGUUUCACAGUCCAACUAUCUCAGUCUCUUCUUAGAUGCAGUCCGAUCACUGCCUGUGGAGCUACGGAAUGCCGAAACAGCUGAUACAUCUAUUCUACUAGAAUACUAUGAGUCAUUGCUGGCUCUCCUCCAGCAGCUUUCGCAGACCAAGACUGGUGCCACUUUUGUUCUCAAGGCCGGUCUUUUCGAGUCCGUUCGAGAGUCACGACUGUUUGCCGCCGAUCCCGACAUUGGCAUUGACAUUGACAAACCCGAUGCCCUGCGGAAGUACUAUGACCUCCUUUUAUCCGUUAUUCGUGUCAUUGUUUCAGCUGUGUUCUCUCGAGGAAUUCAUAACGAACAAAUCAAAGCACAAACCAGAGCCUUUAUUGCCGAAAAUCGGCCCUGCAUGGUGGGCGUUUUCAAGCGGUUUGCUAAGAUUGGCGGAGGCCCAUCACCAGACCAUCACGAAGCUCUGUGCGAGUUGGUUAAAUCAUUCAUGGCACUGAUCACGGCCACCAAUUUCCUAGAGUUUGAGGAUCAAGAAAUACAGCAAAACACUCGACCAGCUCUCUUCUCAUGA